AUGUCAUCUUCAAACAGACACUCCUCCCGCCGUGAAAUGCCCUACCGAGAACGUGAGUCAGACCACAGCUCUCGAAAGCGCACCCGCUCUCCCGAACCAGACCUCAACCCUCCAUGGCGGAAACAGCACCAGCUUAAAAAACGCCCCUCCCCCCCUCCACAACGUGUGGCAGGCAGUGCAGCCAGCGGCGGCGGCGGAGAUGACCACUUGGAGCGACGGAAGCAGGAGCGCCAUGUUCGUGAACAAACGAGACUUAACGCGCUUCAGGAGGAUGAGCAAAUGCGGGAGUGGGUGAACCAGGAGGAUACGUUCGUGCUCAAACAAGCCAAGAAGAAGGCUGAGAUUCGCGUUAAAGAGGGGAGGGCAAAGCCGAUCGAUUGGCUUGCAGUAAAUUUGAGGGUUAUCGAUAAGGAUAGGAGUCCGCUCGAUGACGAGAUUGCCGAUGAGGAUCUGGAUGUUAUUGAUCCGGUGUCUAUACUAGAUGGGUUGGAUGAGAAGCAGCUGGAGGAAUUGGAGGCCGAGAUUGACGCUUAUAUUUCGCUGGAGACCAACAAUAAUAAUCGAGAGUACUGGGCUACCAUGAAGAUCAUAUGCCGAGACCGGCGUGACAAGUCGAAGGAGUCUGCCCCGGAAGGCAGAGCUGUUAGUUCUGUUGCUGGAGAUGUCGAUAAGCUCUUCAGCUCCAAGUCUCUAGAAGAACUACAAACACUUGAAGCACAAAUCGUCAAGAAGCUCAACUCGAACGAGCCGAUUGACGUAGAUUAUUGGAAUGAGCUCCUACGUAGCUUGAGGGUUUGGAAAGCUAAGGCCAGCUUGAAGAAGAUAUACGGUGAUGUGAUCAAGAGUCGUCUAGAGAUUCUUGUUAGGCAGCAGAAGGAUGAGGCAAAAACUGUUAGAGCAAAGCUCGAGGCUAUCCUCAGCGGAUCAAAGGGGGUUCCGGAAGGGGUCCAGGAGGACAUGAAAAAUGUUGUCUACAAAGAAGCCCGGGUUGUGCCUUACGCCAUCGAAAUGGACCCAGAACCAAUGUUAAGAUUACGCCACGAAGAGAAAGGACUAGAGUCCGCCGACGAGAAAGCCUUCCUCGAGCAUCUAGAGGAGGAGCGCCAAAAGGUGCAAAAAAUGGGCUACGUCCCCGUGAAGGCUCGGCAACAAUACAAAGCCCCCUACAAGAAACGCUUCUUCUGGCAGAAACGCGCACUGCCGAAAGUACCAGCGCCCAAUGCCCCACCAACCUCCCGUUUUGCCGCAGUUUUCGAUAACGAUGAUUUCUCGCAAGCUACGAAAGCCCUCUAUGAACGGGAAGUUGCUCGCGGCGUCGGCGACAACGAAGAAAUCUUCACCGGCGAAGAGGAAGUUACUACAACAGGUCCCAAACCAGCCUGGGCAAGCAAAUACCGUCCUCGCAAACCCCGCUACUUCAAUCGUGUCCAGAUGGGAUACGAAUGGAACAAAUACAACCAAACGCAUUACGACCACGACAAUCCCCCGCCCCGUGUCGUUCAGGGAUACAAAUUCAAUAUCUUCUACCCGGACCUCAUCGACAAGACCAAGGCUCCUACGUACCGUAUAGAGCGUGAGGGUGGACGCAAGAGGGGUCAGAGCUUUGCUCCAGCAGGAGAGGAAGAUACCUGUCUUAUCAGGUUCAUCGCUGGGCCUCCGUAUGAGGAUUUGGCGUUUAGGAUUGUUGAUAAGGAAUGGGAUUACUCUGCUAAAAGAGAGAGGGGGUUCAGGAGUUCGUUUGAUAAAGGGAUUUUACAACUGCAUUUCCAGUUGAAGAAGAUUUAUUACAGGAAGUAGAAAGUGCUAGAUAGAGGAGGGUGUGCCUGGCAUUGUGUGUAUAUUGCCAAGCUGUUUGUUUGCCCACGGUUAUUUGCUGGCAGAUGGCUUGCCCCUGAGGAUUUUACAUGUAGUUGGAGCUAGCGAUAAAUCUGUAUGAAUAGUGGAAACAUCGGGCGUAGUUUUACGCAUAAA